UUCCAGCCUACAUUUUUUCCCAUGCUGGAUGUUUCCUGCCCUUGAACAUUAGACUCCAAGUUCUCCACCUUUGGGACUCGGACUGGCUUCCUUGCUCCUCAGCUUGCAGAUGGCCUAUUGUGGUACCUUGUGAUUGUAGCCCAUGGACCCUGGCCGUCAUCAGGUUCAACCUCAUAUUCAACUGCUGGGCCUUGUCUUCUGGCCACACACUCUCUCCAAAUCAGCGAUGGUGGGGAACAGAGGAGCCAGAGGCCAUUGUGGAAGAACUCCAAGAAAACAAUCUCCAGGUUAUCACAUCUAAAGCCUGAGCAAGAUUUGAUGCUGGGAGGAGGUGGAUCCCAGAAUUGGAAGAAGGAGUGGUGACGCCUAAGCUAUCACUGGACAUAUCAAGGACUUCACUAAAUUAGCAGGCGCCACUGGUCUUCUUGUGCUUAUCUGGGCAAGAACUUAUUGAAAUACAAUAGAAGUUUUUACUUAGAAGAGAUUUUCAGGGAGAAGUGAAAUGACAACCUCACUAGAUACGGUUGAGACCUUUGGUACCACAUCCUACUAUGAUGACGUGGGCCUGCUCUGUGAAAAAGCCGAUACCAUAGCACUGAUGGCCCAGUUCGUGCCCCUGCUGUACUCCCUGGUGUUCAUUGUGGGCCUCUUGGGCAAUGUGGUGGUGGUGAUGAUCCUCAUAAAAUACAGGAGGCUCCGAAUUAUGACCAACAUCUACCUGCUCAACCUGGCCAUUUCGGACCUACUCUUCCUCUUCACCCUUCCGUUCUGGAUCCACUAUGUCAGGGGACAUAACUGGGUUUUCGGCCAUGGCAUGUGUAAGCUCCUCUCAGGGUUUUAUCACACAGGCUUGUACAGCGAGAUCUUUUUCAUAAUCCUGCUGACGAUCGACAGGUACCUGGCCAUUGUCCACGCAGUGUUUGCCCUUCGAACCCGGACUGUCACUUUUGGUGUCAUCACCAGCAUCGUCACCUGGGGCCUGGCAGUGCUAGCAGCUCUUCCUGAAUUUAUCUUCUAUGAGAUUGAAGAGUUGUUUGAAGAGACUUUUUGCAGUGCUGUUUACCCAGAGGAUACAGUAUAUAGCUGGAGGCAUUUCCACACUCUGAGAAUGACCAUCUUCUGUCUUGUUCUCCCUCUGCUCGUUAUGGCCAUCUGCUACACAGGAAUCAUCAAAACGCUGCUGAGGUGCCCCAGUAAAAAAAAGUACAAGGCCAUCCGGCUCAUUUUUGUCAUCAUGGCGGUGUUUUUCAUUUUCUGGACACCCUACAAUGUGGCUAUCCUUCUCUCUUCCUAUCAAUCCAUCUUAUUUGGAAAUGACUGUGAGCGGAGCAAGCAUCUGGACCUGGUCUUGCUGGUGACAGAGGUGAUCGCCUACUCCCACUGCUGCGUGAACCCGGUGAUCUACGCCUUUGUUGGAGAGAGGUUCCGGAAGUACCUGCGCCACUUCUUCCACAGGCACAUGUUCAUGCACCUGGGCAGAUACAUCCCAUUCCUUCCUAGUGAGAAGCUGGAAAGAACCAGCUCUGUCUCUCCAUCCACAGCAGAGCCGGAACUCUCUAUUGUGUUUUAGGUCAGAUGCAGAAAAUUGCCUAAAGAGGAAGGACCAAGCAGAUGAAGCAAACACAUUAAGCCUUCCACACUCACCUCUCGAACAGUCCUUCAAACUUCCAGUGCAACACUGAAGCUCUUGAAGACACUGAAAUAUACACACAGCAGUAGCAGUAGAUGCACGUACCCUAAGGUCAUUACCACAGGCCAGGGGCUGAGCAGUGUACUCAUAAUCAACCCUAAAAAGCAGAGCUUUGCUUCUCUGAAGAGUUACCUACAUUUUAAUGCACCUGAAUGUUAGAUAGUUACUAUAUGCCGCUACAAAAAGGUAAAAAUUUUGUAUUUUAUACGUUAACUUCAGCCAGCUAUUGAUAUAAAUAAAACAUUUUCACACAAUACUAUGUUAACUAUUUUAUUUUCUAAUGUGCCUAGUUCUUUCCCUGCUUAAUGAAAGGCUUGUUUUUUCAGUGUGAAUAAAUAAUCGUAAGCAACA